GAUUUGUAGUAGGAGGGGAGAACUUUUAUGACGGAACUGUGUUGGCGGGAAUGAAUGAUGUGGUGGUUGUUGUACCUAAUUACAGAGUUGGAAUAUUUGGGUUUUUAUCUCUCGGUUCGUCAUCGAAAGUACCCGGGAAUGGAGGCUUUUUGGAUCAGCAAUUGGCGUUAAAAUGGGUGAGAAAUAAUAUCGAAAGAUUUGGUGGAGAUAAACACAACGUAGUGAUUUUUGGGCAAAGUGCGGGAGCAAAUUUCUGUGAACCUUCAUUUGAUGUCACCUUUAUCUCGAGGCUUGUUUCAUAAGGCCAUUAGUCAUAGUGGACAAGCAAUAUCGCCAGGAUUUUUUAAUCCAGAGAAGAUAAAUGUCGAGGGAAACAAAAUUUUAUUUGAAUAUUUAAAAAUCAAGGAAACGGAUCAAAACAAGAUUUUGGAAGAGCUUCAAAAAGUUCCACCAGAAGAGUUGGUCUUCGCCUCAUUAGCACUAGCACCGAAAGGUGUAUCGUUCUUGCCAACAGUUGAUGGAACUGUAUUUCCCAAAACCCCCGAACAGAUGUUGAAAAACAGAGACUUCACCAAAGUGCCGUAUAUAAUUGGUUGUAACGACUCCGAAGGACAUGGGUUUUUACAGCAGGCAUUCAUACCAGGUUACGCAGAAGGAAUUAGUAAACAAGUUGCAAAGAACGCGUUGAAAUUUCCGCUAUCAGAGACAGGUUUUGAGAUUUGCAAGACCUUUUAUAUAAAAGAUCAAAUUGGCAAGGAACGAUUCAGUAUAUUGCUUGGCAAUAUUACCGGUGAUGCAGGAAUCAUAUCAAAAGCUGUCCGCACCGCUUCCGAGGUUGCCAGUGCAGGUGCCCCAGUCUACAUGUAUCUUGGUGGGUUCCAAUUAAAAAUGUUUCGAAAUGAAGAAUAUGGACCACAAGUUGGUAGGAAACCAUUUUGGUGUAAAUGUGAUCAUUCGGAUGACCUACAUAUGACUCUAGGAGUACCAUUCUCAACUAUACAACUACGAGGAGGUGGCAAGUAUACAAAAGAGGAGGCUGAAAUCAGUAAAAAGUUCAUGGCGUAUCUGACAAACUUUGCAAAAACUGGAAACCCAAACAAAGGAAAGCACAUGGAUAUGAUUUGGCCACGAUAUAAACCGAAAGGGGAACAUCUGAUUGUGGCAAGCACUUUUUCUACGGGAAAGAAUCUGGCAGAAAAAAGAGUUUAUUUCUGGAAUAAUGUUAUGCAAUAUAUAAAUAAAAGAAAAUUGAUAAACAAAUCAAUAAGACAUCCACCCGUUACUGACUGA